AGAGGAGAUGCUGUGAGCGCGAGACCCGAGCAUCUUUCAGUCACACGAUCCGGGAAAGAAAAAAAAAAAGCACGCAUCUUUCCGUCAAAGCCCGUAUCCGCUACACACCGCAUCCUCCUCCUCCUCCUCUCCGGACUUUACUGACAUACCUAACCCCAAAGCACUCGAGGCUACGUUCAUGCAAGAGCCAAGGAGCGCUUCAGACGCAGCAUUUUUUGUUUUUCCUCCUUUGCUUUGUCAUUAUUUAUUCGACACAUUUCUUGUCUAAUCCAUUUUUUUUUUUGGACUAACCAUCCUUUCCAUGAGGACAGCAUCAUUACUUGAUCAGUAAUAAGAGGGAAUAAGAGUGCACCGUUUCCAGCCUGGCAGAACUCCAUCCUUCUGAUCCCUCAGUCUUCAUGUGAAUCCUUUAACCGCGCAUCGUUUUGCAAGCGCGGCUCAGUGUGCGCAGUGUUUUUGAAGGAGCUGAUAGAACAUCUGUAUCACACGACUCAGACCGGCGCGCCCGCAGAUCAAACACCGCUCUGCUUUUAUCCCGGGCUCAGAUUUGGCGCACAGGAUCGGUUUGGACACGCUUCGCCUGGUGCGACGGAGAAGCGCGGCGGAGUAUCGGCGUCCGUGAGAAAAUGAUGGCCGGCGGGGCAGUGCAGCAAAACGGCAUAUUCUCCAACCCGCACCACCACAAUCAGCAGCCGCACAUGGAGUCGGACCCGCCGGAUUCCCGCAAGAGACCGCUGGAGACGCCGACCGAGGCGAGCAGCACCAAGCGCACCAACACGGGGGAAGAAGGCGAGUACUUCUUGAAGGUGCUGAUUCCCAGCUACGCUGCAGGCUCUAUUAUUGGCAAGGGAGGCCAGACCAUUGUGCAGCUACAGAAAGAGACAGGUGCCACCAUCAAGCUGUCCAAAUCCAAAGACUUCUACCCAGGAACGACUGAGCGAGUGUGUUUGAUCCAGGGUACUGUGGAGGCCCUUAACAGUGUCCACGAUUUCAUAGCUGAGAAGGUCCGGGAGAUGCCUCAGAGCGCUGCCAAAACAGAGCCAGUCAGCAUACUUCAGCCACAGACCACGGUCAACCCUGACCGCAUCAAACAGGCCAAGCUGAUUGUGCCCAACAGUACAGCAGGGCUGAUCAUCGGUAAAGGUGGUGCUACGGUGAAGGCAGUUAUGGAGCAGUCAGGUGCAUGGGUUCAGCUUUCACAGAAACCUGAAGGUAUCAACUUGCAAGAGCGUGUUGUCACCAUCAGUGGUGAACCUGAGCAGAACCGCAAGGCUGUGGAGAUAAUAGUACAGAAAAUCCAGGAGGAUCCUCAAAGCAGCAGCUGCCUUAACAUCAGCUACUCCAAUGUCACAGGCCCUGUGGCCAACUCCAACCCAACAGGCUCACCGUAUGCUAACUCGGCAGAGGUGAUGCCCGCUGCAGCUGCUGCAGCUGCCGCCACAGCCUCCAGCCUCUUGGGGCAGGCCAGUCUGGCAGGAGUGGGUGCCUUUCCUGCUGCUGCCAUGUCCAGCUUCUCAGGAAAUGACCUCCUGGCCAUCACGUCAGCUCUUAACACAUUGGCUAGCUAUGGAUAUAACACCAAUUCCCUGGGUCUGGGGCUCAAUCCGGCUGCUGCCUCAGGGGUCCUAGCAGCUGUGGCAGCCAGUGCAAACCCUGCUGCCGCUGCGGCAGCCAACCUGCUGGCCUCCUAUGCCAAUGACGCCUCCACCAGUACCGGCCACCCUGCCACCGGUCUGGGAGGAUUUACACUGGGCUCACUGGCUGCUGCCACUGGAGCUACCAACGGGUACCUGAGUGCGGCUUCCCCACUAGUAGCGAGUUCAUUAUUGGCCACCGAGAAGCUGGCUGAGGGUGCAAAGGAUGUAGUGGAGAUUGCCGUACCUGAGAACUUGGUGGGAGCUAUCUUGGGCAAAGGUGGCAAGACGCUCGUGGAAUACCAGGAACUGACGGGAGCCCGAAUCCAGAUCUCGAAAAAGGGAGAGUUUGUUCCUGGCACUAGGAACAGAAAAGUCACCAUCACAGGAUCACCCGCUGCCACACAGGCAGCCCAGUAUCUCAUCAGUCAGCGAAUCACAUACGAGCAGGGUGUGAGGGCCACCAAUCCGCAGAAGGUGGGCUAAAACAGGGAGAAAGAAGGAGUGGGGGAUGGAUGGAAAGAUACAGAGAAAGAGAAAGGAGGGCAAAUUUUCAAAGGAAAUCAUCCACUACGUGCUAUGUGCAUAUUUCAGUAUUAAAAAAAGAAGGAAAAUAGUCCACCUUGCAAGAAAAGGAAUGAGUAAAAUAUGAAAACCAAGAAAAAAAAACAUGUAAAAUGUAUAUAUGGGUUUAUUUCUUAAGUUUUCAUCUUUCAGGAUUUUUUAUUGGUUGAAAAUUUGGUUUAGCUUUUUCAGUUUUUCUUUUUUGAGGGUUUUUUUUUGGACAGUGGUGAAUGGUAUUUCAGACUGGCAUGCUUGCUGCCACUCCCAGCAGGUGGUGGGGUUGGGGGAGAACAGGGUGGAGCAGUUGGACUUAAGCCAACCUGGAAUCAGCCCUAUACCCAUUGCCAGUCCCUUCUUAGCUGACAAGAUUAUUAUUAUUAUUAUUAUUAUUAUUAUUAUUAUUAUUAUUAUUAUUUCAUUUUAUUUUUAACUCAUACCCUCCUUAUAAAUGGGCCUGAUGAGACAACAAACAAGUGCUUGAGUUUUAGACUUAGGGCAAAUUCCCCUAUGUGGUCAGUGGUACUCCAUGCCACCCUACCUACUGUCCAAGUCCUCAUAAGUCCCAACCAGCCCAAUCCCUGCAGGGCAGGCUGGGAUUAGGGGCAUGAGGGGAACCUGAUUAAGGUCUCUCCAUCUAGCUACAGUACUAGCUAAAAACCUGGAGUUCUCUUUAAACCAGGUGCAUGCCAUGCAAUCUUAUUACAAACUUAGCUAGCAUAAGGAAAGUUUAUAGAUCUGGUUGGGGACACAGGCCAAGCAAAAUGCACCUACUUGGGUCAAGUUGGUACCAGAGCAAAGAGAUAAUGUGGUGAUAUGCAUCUGGUAUUAAUCUAAAUACUAUUAUUUUUAGUAGUAGUUCUACUCUUAUUAAAAAAUCCUCACCAUUGAUAUUAUUUAUUAAUAUAAUUUCACCCAUCAGGAUUGAGGUGUUUUAAUUUUUUUAAUUAAUCUGUGAAUUCAGGUUGACAUGAAUGUAAAGACAAUAUUUUGGAUUUAGUUUUUUAUUUAAGUGAAUUGAAUAGUAUGUCACAGUGUAAUAUAUGUCUUAUUUAAAGUCCAGUGACAACUGCACCGUCGGCACCAUCAGAGAGAAUAGGAGCAGGUAUAAUGUACUGUACGUUAAAAUUAAUACAUGGAACACACACGCACACACACACACACACACACACACACACACAUAGGCACAUACAUGAAAAAGGGAACCACAUCUGACUUAAGGGUAGACAAAUCAUUGAAAGUAGACAAUUCACGUAUAUACAUGUCUAAUUAUAAAAAAUAAAAAAAGGUAGGCUAUUGCACAAGUUCAAGGGAGUGUACCGAUAACAAGAACAAACUUAUUCAUGAGAUCAAAUCCCUUAUGUCUUGAAAUCCCAUAUCCAAAAAUGUCCUCUUUUCUUUUUCAGAAAAUGUGGUGCAAUUAUAUAUUUAAUUUCAGCAAGCUAAUUGACAACAUAUACUCAAGUCAGUUGUCACUGGCUAUGGACAAAUUGUGUAGAUGUAUCAUAUAUCAAGCAGAAAUAUGUCUCUUUGUGGACACAUACUACUGAACAACUACAAACAUGAACAAAACUUUAGUUCUGAUGAGCACAGGGAUGCUAUUUAUUAAGUAAUUGCCCUAUUAAUGACUAUGAUUUCAUGGUGGCAAGGAGAUUAAAAAACAAAAACAUCUUUUCAUUCUUCUGAUUUUUUCAACUUGAUUAUGGGUUGAGAUAUUAGCUAUCCAUGUCCUAUACGGCGGGUUCCAUUAGUUUGGGACACUCUUUUGAACUUCAAAAACCUCUCUGUACUCAUCAGAACUACCUAUGUGCUGCUAAACAGUCCAAUAGACAUGCAUACUUUUGUUGUUAGAAUACACUGAAUUUCGUCUUAAUGCACUGUGAAGUGUGGAGGCCAUGCUUGAAGGCCCAGAAGUCAAGGUUCUAUGUCAGCAAAAAAAAUAAUAAUAACAAAAAAAGCAUAUUGGAAGGUGGAAUUAUUCAAGAAGUGUAGGGUGUCAGAAGAAAACAGCUUAGGACCGACUGGUUUGCUACACACAGAAAAGAUCUAACUGAUGAUGAAGAACCACUUUCUUUGGGUAUCAUAUUGCUACUAUAUCAGACUUUCAGUUCCCAGCCUUCCUCAAAAUUACCGCAGCAUUCAUGGUGCCUGCUCCCAUAUUAAUGCUGAUGAUGGGAAGAAAAUUCCACAUCCAGCUUAAAUGACCCAUGGUCGUUUGUGGUUUCAUUCCAAAAAUUUAAUUGAAGUUCAUCUAAAAGGAGAUUUUCAAGCAUUUCAAAAUGACCUUUCACUUUACCAGUAGCCUGGAGGAACAAAAGAAGCAGAACAAAAAAAUAUGAGACCCAGAGCAGAAUCUAGACAGCAGUGUGCUCUCUCUCUUCACUGACUAAACAUACAAUUGUCUUCCUCUCAAUUUCUCAAUUUGGAACACCAGGGAGAGUAAAUCUGAACCGAUUGGUAAGGAGACUUCUUUAUUCCCAUCUAACACCAUCAACCUUUCCUCACCACUUCUCAACCCCUCUUUACUUCCGUGCACCUCCCAUUUUGAUACAUCAACCCAGAGUCCCCCUUCUCUCACAUCUCUCCAUGGGUGGCAAUGUCUGGUGCUAAAGUGCAUGUUUGCUUGCCCUUUCACAAAACAGUGACUCCACAGAAGAGAAGAUGUGACCUAGGUGUUGCUGUGUAGAGAGGAAAUGCUUGCACUAGACUCCGAUGCAGGUCCACGUUUUGAAAAAGAGACUGUGUGUAGCGCCCUAGUAGGAAGAUAUGUUGGUUUUACUGAUGAGGGGUAAAUGCAGUUAGCAUGAAGCCUUUAGGAGAAACUAUGACUUCAGCCAACAAGGAAAUAGUUUCGCAUCUUGUUAAACACACUAAUGACGCUAGUUACUAAUUAUGCUAGCGGCUGCAGUAGACAGUAGUAUUAAUGUAUUUUCCAAAUAACUGAAGGCAAUGACAGUUUGUGGCUGCCAUAUUUUCUGUAAAGAGCGGCGAAAGUUGAAAAAACUAGAGUGCCUCCGCAUUUUAGAGUGCAUAUGCGUCCCACACGUAAAAUGAUAUACAUGUGUACAAACACACCAGACUCAUGUCACACACCCUGAACACCACAACAAACACAUGUAAGCGCACUUACACAGACACUGACAUUUUUGCAGGAAAAAAGAGGAUAAUGAAGAUUCAUUAAUUACAGAGAAAUUUGUUUCGUAACAUUAAGAAAAGCAAAAUAUUACUGUGAAAUUUUAAUGUGAACAUUAAGAACAGGUGCCAUUAUAGUGUGCCUAGGAGCAGCUUCCUGUUUGCGUUUUGUUUUCCUUUAUUUCAGUACUUAAAAUGCAUAUUAGUGGGGGUGGGGGGGGGCGUCUGCAUUUUUCUGUUGUUAGUAACUGGGGAACUAGAUAAAAUGUGAUCAGUACUGGAAGCAAUAUACGUAGUAGCAUGUCGUCCUGUCUCGUCUUUUAUUCUGUCUGUGUAGGAGCUUUCGAUUUACCUAGGUGUUGAGUAGGUUUGCAUAUUUAAUAUUUUUUAAGUUGUGAAGAUGCUGCUAUUGAAUAAGUGACGUACUAAAAUUUAAGAUAAACAUAUCUGGUCAGUCGUUAGCGAGGUGUGCUAGUUCUAAGAGGUGUAAUAAAUGCUACAUGAUAAGAUAAUUGCUAUAUUAAACAGAAUACAUGAACGUGCCAAAAUAGACGAUUACAGAUUCAGCAACUGUAAAUGUGUGAUUGAAACACCAUUAGCUACAAGCAGACUUACUUUUAUAAGUUAAAAAAUAAUGUGAAAAGUGCCAAACAAACCACAAUUAAGGUAUAACUAGCAAAGUGGCCGUUUUUAAAACUAGUAGGAGAAAAAUAGAUGUUAGUGCUAUUAAGUUAAAGGUUUUCGGCCCCUCAUGAACUAAUACAAGAGGAACGUGUAAUGAGGGAAUCAUCUUGCUCACCUGACAAAUGCAUAUAGUGCCAUGUGGCCAUUAAUGCUACAUUACUGGGGCUAGAAGACUGCCGUAGACUUAGGCUAGCAUGAGUUUAAUACGUUAUCAGCAUUCUUAAUACAGCCUUUUCUAGUUCUGAAAAUGUAUUUUGUGACAAUAGAUGUUAUCUUUUUUUGCACGUCUAUAUUGCAUGAUAUCAAAAAAAGUAACGUGUGGAUUUAAAAAAAACAAGAAACGAAAAUCAUACAAAAAAAGAGAAAACAUUAGGCAAUGUGCAUUCAUUUUGAGAACAAAUCUUUGCAUGCCAACACUAAGAGCAUUGGAAUUUUCUUUUACACACUCUGACCUGUCUUUUAGUUCUGCGAAGACAAAACUGAAAAGUUUUCUUGUCCAUCUGCAGGAACCAAAAUCAUUCAUACAUAAUCAUUGUGCAUUUCUUUUUGUUUGCAGUUUUGAAGUAUAACAAUAUUUCAAGAGAAAAAUGUCCAGAUGUGGUUGUGACCUUUAAGCUAGCAAAAGCAACCUAAUUAAAAUUGGGUUUAAAACUAUUGUUUUCUUUCUCACUAAAACUGAGGUCUUGUCCUUGAAUGUACUCACCACUGCAUAACUUUGCAUAUCACUUUCAGUCAUGACUUUUAAAGCAUGAUGUGUUUUUGUAUAUUGUGUGCCAAUACUAACAUCUUUAAGGCUACAUUACGCACAGUGCUUUCUUCUGUUUUUGCCACAUUAUAACUCACAUUAUGCUCAAACCCAUGAUUUUGAUGAUACGCACUUUAUAAGCCUUUUUCGCCCAAAUUCGAAAUGACAGUGAAUGAGUUAUGAAAACGUAUCACCUGAGCCCUCUGUCUCUGCUGUUCAGAUUUUGUGACUUCCAAACCCCAAAAGCUAUUCUGCUAAGUCAGUGUUUUAUAUGACAGGCUAGCCGCUAAUCUCUGGCUAUCUCCAUUAGUAAAUGAUAAAUGAUGAAUAAUUGAUGAGCAUUUUGAGUUUAUUGUCAAGGUGCCACAAAGAGAAUGCCACUCUUUACACAUAAAACAUGUUCAAUUAUCCAAGCAAGCUAGCUUAUACAAAUUUACAGAAAUUGGAGAUGCAUCUUAUUGAUUUUUUGAGAUUUGAAAACCAAAUAAGAAGGGACACGUUCCAAAAACUGCAAAACUUUUCUAUUAAGUCCAUACCAAUGUAUGUACCGUAUAUAUAUAUCAGUGAUCACUGAUUGCACUGCAUUCAGCCAUGCUUUGGUUAAGGCACUUUGUAGAGUAUGACUGAGGGUUUUCUCUGUCUCAAUGCUUUUAGCAGCUUUACUGUACGUGUGGACAUGUUGUGGCACUUCUCUGUUGGUGCUCUUGCACAAACGAGGCUCAUGUUUUGUCUCAUGUUACUAAGUUCGGCGGCUUUGUCACAGGCAGUAGAGUAAAGAUUAAUGCAAAUUUUUUAUGAGUUAUUCAAUGUUGAGAAGGUCAUUGCUGUUAAUACAGGCUUAUUGCUAGAGCAUUGCACUUUUCCAACUCCAAUCUGGCCCCACCUGACCCUCUAAACAAAACCUGGGGUCACUCUUAUGCUUGUAACCAUCAGAAAGCACCAGCAACGUUAGAACACAUUUGUCAUAUCACUGUUCUUUUCUCUCUUUUUUUUUAAUUUACCUGUUUUUGUUUGUAUGACACUCUCUAACCUAGACCAAGUAUAACAAAAAUGUCAUUCAUAUGUAUCCUGUUUACUCUCCCUUUCCCCCUUUUGCACUUUUCACUGCCCCCCUUUUUCCAACCACUACCCACACUUCUGCCGAACCUCUCCCUCACACCCUCCCAGACUUUCUCCUGAGUGCCAAAUGACAACAGUACCAUUCCAAACGUUUUGAGUUCUCUUGUAUGUUGGACAUCCAUCGGACGCACCCAUGAAGCCAGCAUGUUACUCCAUAACAUGAUGUCAGUCAUGAUGCCGCAACAUUACCCCAAAAAAAAUGCAACCAGUAAAAAAGCGAGAUCUGGAAUAACACGGUAAAAGGCUGGCUACCUCUCAUAAACUGCUUUUCCUAAUUCUCUGCCAUCUCUUCAACCUCCAGGACAUCACUGAUUGUGUGCCAUAAUGUUGGGAGCACUUGUCACUCUCCUCACCCCCAAGUCUCUCCAUUUGAGUUUUUUCGAUGGGAAACAUUAAAACAACAACAAAAAAAAUUCAUUUCGAUGACAGCUUUUUUUCUUUAACAUAGAAACAUGCUCAGAAAAAAAAGCUGAGGAGUGUAAACGUCAGCUGCGCAGUCAUCUUCUGUCUUCUGAACUUUGAACUUUUCACCCCUCAUGAACUUUAUUGACCUUCUUCCUUCCCUUCUGUGUUCAUCAACUGUUUGGACUUAAAAUCUCCAUUCCAUCUCCAAAUCUUUUAGAGACUGUGCAAUUAUAGUUGAUAUGAUUGGAUUUCUUUCUUUCUUUCUUUCUUUUUUGUUAAACUCAUCAUUGGGGACAAUUCUCAGAGAUAAAGAAUAAAAGCAAAAGAAAAACAAAACAAAAAAAAUCUAAAAAAAAAAAAAAAUCCCAAUUGCUUCUCCACAGCUUAAUUUUCUCUUUUCAUUGUAAAUAUUUUUUGUCAGAUUUUGUUGAACUGUAACCAGAAGAGCGUUCAACAGAAUGGGGCUGGCAGCAUAAAAUCGGUUUUGUGGAGUGCUUUAAGUGGCAUAGGAUAGACAUCAAGAUAAAUUAGUUGGAUAUUAAUGAAGCAUGCUAUAGCAACAUCCAUAAUCCUUAUUGUAGAAGGGACAGUUUACAUAGACUAGUGAAAGAAAUGAAUUGAAUUUUAAAAUAAUGUACGCACGUGCAAAAAUAUUUUAUUCUUGCUUUCAAUCAUUAAUUAUAGCAGCUGCUUUGAAAGAGUUAAUUUAAUCAUUUAAUAACAGAUAUCCUGUCCAUUUAACAGUCACAUUCUUGCUAUGAUUCAAGCUUUACAUGUGUAUCACAUUUAGCUAGUUUGUGGUUUAUCAUCUAUGAAAACUGCUUUGCAUAUCUCAUAACAAGUUACUGUUCACAUCAGUCCAUAUCAAAUCAAAGCAUUUCUCACAUUUAAAACUCAUAGUCAACAUGUUUUGUGCUACUAACGGUUACUCGACAUUGACUGACCAGGGUUCACUUUCGAAUUGAUAGUCGUUGUACAUAUCAGAGCUCAGUGUACGUAUCAGCUGUGUUGAGUGUAAACUGUGUCCAUUAGAUGUGUUUGAUAGGAGCAUGAGUUCUCACGUGUCCUGUUUCCCUGCAGGAAGAAAGACUGAUCAUUUUCAUGAGUCAUAACCGAGCUUCGUGCUCCACAUCUAAUGUUUCUAUGCUGCCAGCUUUCUUUUCUGAUAACCCUUCAUGAACUUAUUUAUUUUCAAACUACUCUACAUUAUUAAUAAAUGACAACAACUAGAAAAAGGGGAAUGACUGGAAAGAUGAAUUGCUGUUUUGUUUUUAGUAUUUUAGUGGUUUAUUUUAACACCAUUCAUUAACUGACUUAAAGAAAAGUAUUGAAUAUUUAAUGUAAUUGUAGCAUUGUGUUUGUAAAAAUAGUGAGUUGUGUUUCUUGACUUGUGGUUUACCAGUGAAGUCAGCAAUUUAGUGCUAAUAUAUAUUAAGUCGUUUUUUAAAGAUUUUUUUUUUUCCGACAGCAACAACAGUCAUUAUAAAUGUUCAUUUUAGCAUCACCUGUCUUCUGUUGUCUUAUUCUUCACCUCCCACUACACUCAAACUCAUCAAGUAACACAUUGCAAGUUUGUGCCUGAAACCAUGUGCUCGGUCUUGGAGGGACCAUGAUGCAUGACUGUGUGUGUGUGUGUGUGUGUGUGAGAGAGAGAGAGAGAGAGAGAGAGAGAGAGAGAGAGAGAGAGAAUGGAUGAGACUGGCAGGCUUGGAUGGAUGGAUGGAUGGAUGGAUGUUCUGUCCUCUGUUCACAAAAGCUAAAAUCUGUAGGGUUUCCAUUUACCAAUGGAACCUGCUGAUGUUAUAGCUGAAACCCAUCCUGUGAGCCUAGUUGAUUUUGAUCGUCCAUAACCUCCCGUUUCCCGACCACUCUCCACCACUACCUUCUCCCCUCCAAGUCAUUCCCUGCCACACACUCCACACCAUGUGAUGUUCUCAUCGAUAACAUAUUACUCAACCAAAUCCACCUUAACACUGUUCCCAUGAGGAGGUGGUUGCUAGUCAGCCUCCCUCCCCUCAUAAUUCGCCACCAUCUUUUAUCUCCUGCUGGGGCCAGGUCCAAACUGACAAUUAAAAAAAAAGAAAAAAAAGUAAUAAAAAAAAAGAAAGUAAAAUCCAGAGCAGUGAUUCUCAGGGUGUCUACGUUGAUCUACCUUAUUUUGUGAUUUGACAGAAUCACAAUCCAGCUCUCCCUCAUGCUUUCUAAGGAGCCCAAAGACAAUUACAAUGUAUGAUUGCUUAUCAAGUUUUCGAGUGAUAAGACUGAUAUGCACCCGUCUAAAGGAGCGAAGCAAAAUGCUGUAAUGUUUACAACCUUACCGAGACCAACGCUGUUGAAAGAAUGUGUAGAAAUUAAAAGCAGUUCUUUAAUAAUGAAAAAAAAAUUUCCAAAAUGACUUCGUUUUAAAUGAUUAUU